AGUGGAGUGAUGGUACAUAUUUUCACCAACUUUUUUCUCUCCACUCCCAUACCUCAAAACCCUCCAGGUUUUCUUAAAAAAUUAUUGUUUCUAGACAAAUCACAAUCAAAGCAUAAAUGGACUUCAUAGACAUUACAUUAAAUUGAAUGUAAAGGUAAUGUGACCUUAAAACCUUCCUCAUUUGAUUUCUUAAGCUUUUCUUUUCAUUUUACGACAAAAAAUAAAUAAAAUUGUAUGGGUUAUGCUCACACUCUAAAGUGUGAACCAUGCUCGAACUUUAGGAUGCUGAACCAUACUGAUAAGGAAUUGGCCAACAUAACUUCAAUUGUACCGUGUUUAAUUUUAAAACAGUUUUUGAUAUUGGACAAACCGAGGCCAAAAGACAGAACAAAAACUGAAAUUCUUAUACUCACUAAACCACAUGAUAACUUUUUAUCUUCUCUACCUAAGUUGUCUAAAAUAUUAAAAUAACAUUUAUCCAAAUAUCGUGCAACACAAAAUUUAUUCUAAUAUUCUAAUACUAGCCAUGCUGUUAGCAUGUUUUUGACAAAUACUAACAAAUUUUCUAACAUUCUUUUUUUCCUCAACACAUUUUCUUAUGUUGAAUAAUAUACAUUCUUCAUUCAAAAUCUUUAGUGGUACCCACAUAACUAAUCUUCCAUUUCCAUAAAGUUUCCAUUCAUUAUCAAACCGCUAAAUCUUCCUCUCCCACUCAUUACAAUAUUGCAACAUUUCAUGCAAACAUAAAAUCCUCAAAAUUCAUCAUUCACAUAUAACACCCAAUCACAUCAACUAAUGUCCCUAUCAUCAUCCCAAACAAACACAAACCCCUCUUUCUCUCCCUCUCUUUCCUUCUAACAAAGAUUCAAUUUCAACUUCACAAACAAACAAAAAAGAGUUUUUUUUUUUCUUUUUUUUUUUUUUUGCCAAUAGGAGAAAAAAAAAAGUGAUUUUUCACUAUUCUUUUAGCAUCUAAUUCUGAUUCCUUCAUAAUCUUUCUUCAAUUGGGUAUCUUAAAAAUCGACUCUUUCUUCGAUUCUUUCUUCUGGGUAGGUCUAACAUUGCUUCUUCUCAAUUGGGUAUUUUCAAAAUUCAAUAAUUGAAAAAGGUGUAUGAAAUGGUUAUUGUUUCUUUGUUGAUCUUCUUUGGUUUUCUUCUUGGUGUGAUUGUUGUUAUUGCUGCCGAAUUUCUUGGUUUCUUGUGGAUCCUUAAACGACUUCGUAGCAAGAUUGACAGUGAUAAAGCCAAAAUUUCAUCUAUAACCCAACUUGAUUCUCAAUUUGAUUCUCAACAUUCUUUCAAAAAAGAGGGUGUGGUUUGGGUAUUAGAACCAGAAAAGGUUUCAAAGUAUUUUGUGGAAAGAUCAUCAAGAGAGGUGAAAAAGAAAAAAGAACUUUUUGAGGUUUCUCCUGUUAGGAAGUAUGGUCAAAUCAAAGGUCAGUCACUUGAUCUUACCGAGCCUGAUGGCUUGCAUACAACCAUUCAACUCAAGGGAUGCAUUGUCGAAGCUGUUUCUGCUACAACCCUUCCUACAAAGAAAUGGGCAAAAAAGUUUCCGAUCAGAUUGGAAAACAAGACCAAUGUGAUAUACCAUGGAAGCAAAACUCUUUAUAUUUACCUUGAGACUUCAACCGAGAAAGAGGCCUGGUGUAAGGCCCUUCGUAUGGCCUCAUGUGAUGAAAGAGAAAAACUUCAAUGGUUUUCACAUUUGCAAGAUGAGUUUCAUAGCUAUCUGACAUCGUUAAAUACUGAAUAUCAUUCUUUUAUGAAACCUUCAGUAGUAGGAGCAUGUGUUGAGGCAAUAGAAAGGGCUACUAAGACAGAUGGCUCUUCCUCAAAGGUCCGUCAAUUUUUGAGAAAAAUCACGAGAAGAAGUUCCCGUGUUGGUUUGGAUAACAAAUCAAGUUUUUCUUCAAUAUCAAGCCGUGAAGAAAAAAAGAAAACUGAGAAGCUUCGUGCUUGUCAAGAUGCAGUUUUAGCCACUGGCUUAAUGAAAAAUGCUACAUCAACAAAUCAUCCAAAAAGUUACAUGUCAGAUGAUGCUGCAUCAGUAUCAUCAAGUUUGUCUCAUUCAGGAAGCCAAAGUCAUUUUUCUGUCUGUUCUGACACCGAUGAAAAGUCCGGCAUUGAUGAGGGGACAUUAUGUUGGAAUUUGUUGAUUUCCCGACUCUUUUUUGAUAUCAAAGGCAAUGAGCAAGUGAAGAAAUCUGUGCAAGAAAGAAUUCAGAGGACGUUAUCCAACAUGAGAACUCCCGCUUAUGUCGGUGAAGUCGUCUGUACAGACAUCAACAUGGGGAACGUUCCACCCUGUAUCAUUGGAAUGAGGGUUCUUCCAAUGGAGAUGAGCGAGGUAUGCGCCUUAGAGGUUGACAUCGAAUAUUCUGGAAGUGCAAUAUUAGAGAUUGAAACAAGGCUAGAAGUUCGUGAACUCGAGAAAGAAAGGUCAAAUCCCGAUUCAAAUAAUGUUGGGUCUGUCCCAUCAGAUAUUCUUCAAGAUUUUGAAGAUUUUGAUAAGCAAUUCGGUCUUGAAGAAGGAACGAAUGAUUUGCAAGAGAAUAAAGAUGGUGACUGGAACACUGAUGUGUCAAAGAAGUCAAGGAGCAAUGGAUCAAGAUGGAAAUCUAUGUUAAAUUCUGUUGCCAAGCAUGUUUCACAGGUUCCUAUCUCUUUGGCAGUAAGGGUAGCAUCCCUCAGAGGGACACUGCGUUUUCUAAUAAAGCCACCACCCUCGGAUCAAUUGUGGUAUGGUUUCACAUUUAUGCCUGAUGUAGACUUCAACUUGGAAUCAUCUGUUGGAGAACAUAAGAUAACUAAUACACACGUUGCUUUGUUCCUGAUCAACCGACUCAAGGCAGCGAUUCGGGACACUUUAGUGUUCCCAAAUAGUGAAAGCAUAGGCAUUCGAUGGAUGCUAGCAGAAAAGGAUGAUUGGGUUCCUCGGAAUGUUGCUCCGUUCAUAUGGAUCAGCCAAGAUUCUGGGAAUGAAACAUCAUAUCCAAUUGAUGCCAAUAAUCAAACUUCCGGUGGAUCGAAAGCUAGUGCAAGGAUCGAAAGUGAUGGUCCAGAACUGAAACGACAAAAAUCAAAGUAUAGCGAAUCAAGACAAGACCCAGCUAGGAAAUCAGAUUCUCUGACACUUUCGUCAAUAUCCUCUUUUUCAGCAGCAUUAAGGAAUAGUAAAAGUUUGGAAGAACUGUCAAAACCUUUAUUAGAAAGUGGCCAACAACAAGAAACUAGUGAUUCGAAAGAAAAUAGUAUGCCUUCAAUAGAAAGUGACCAUGAAGCUAGUGUAGAGAAGAUGGAGGAUGUUUCUGUUUGCAGUUCUCCUUCGAAUAGUGUGGCGAUUAUGGAUAGGUCAAUCAGUCCGGUUCAACGGGAUGAUUCAAAACCACCGAAGAAAAUUGGAAAAAGGGAAAGGAUGCUUGAUUUGCGAAAGAAAAUGAGCGAGAAAUUUGAAGAAAAGAAACGGCACAUUGUUGAAAAAAUGCGAGCGUCCGAGAAAUAAAAAAGCAAAGUAAAUGUCGGAAUGAUUAAAGUAUUUGUUACUUACUGACUUCUUAUCAUGUCAGAGAUUAGUCUUAUUCACAAAUAAGAUAUUAGUAUCAAAUAUUGUUUCAUUGAUGAGUUGUAUAUUUUAUAGGGGGGGUUAGAAGAUCAAUUAAAAUUACAUACAUACAGUUACAAAAGAAAUACUUUUAUUGCACUCCACUGGAGUUCCAAAA